AUGCCCGACGACCAAGUCCACCAGCAGGCCCAACACGGACCUCCUGCUUCUCCCCAGGUCGACGAGUUUGGCCUCCCUAUUCGACCUGCCCGGACGAGGACCUACGACGAAGAAGAAGAAGAAGACACAGACCAGGACGCUCCUUCCUCAACCAAUGAGAAUACCAAUGCGACCCAACAAGACGCUUCAAACAGUACCUCCGAGGCCCCGGACGCUCCUUCCUCGACCGAUGCGACAAUAACGAAGCCGAGUACAAGUACCAUUGAUCAACAUGACCUUGCCCAUCCCGCAACCUCACAUGAGGCCUCCACCACCCACCCACCGACGACUGAGCCUGCUACCUCAACAGUAGAACCCGUCAUUCCUGAUCAAGCUCAACAAGCUGUCAUUGUCGCGAACUCCGACUCGCUCACACAGCCCCUCGCUGGCGCAUCCGAAUGGUCACAUCAAGCUGUCACCGCUGCUCCAGCCAAGGAGAAACAGCCCCAAGAAAAUGAGCUGGAAUGGCAGGAGAUGCCAGCCUUUGCUACCCACACCAUAUACGAUGAUUGGGGCAAAGUCGUUGCGCGCGAGGUUGCCGAGCUUGAGGAAGAGGACUAUGCAUACGGCAAUGCGGCUGCCAAGGGAUACACAAGAGUCCAGCUCGAUGAUGACGUCCAAUCUGCCACCAGUAUGGAUGAAGAUACCGCAUACCUCUUCAAGCCUGAUGCUGGCACCAACACCUUGGACGAAGACGACAGUCGCGACGUCCUGUCUCAGAUGCAAGCUACAAAAGACCUCCUGACUGAAGGCCAACGCAUCGCAUAUGUCGGUCUCGUACGCGUGUCCAUGUACCAAAUGACAAAGUAUCUCGAAGGACUCGACAAGACUCGAUCCACAAAGAAACAACUCGAUAUUGCUAUAGAGUCCAUGCAGAUGUGGGCUCAGAAGAUCAUGGUUCGGUUGUACAGUCACAUGGACCUAGACGCUGCAGAGCAGAUCAUGAUCGAGCAACUCGCUGAACACGGUGUCGAACCAGCAGAUCUGACGGCUCCCCUAAUGCAAAACGCUAGAGUCAAAAAUCCCUCAAAGAACACCGAAGACGCUCCUGUACCAGCGAAUCCCUCCGACUCUCAAUCUCUGAAAUCUCCUCCGCUCAGCCGUCCACCCACUCCACCGAUGCCUCCACCAUACGAGCAAGAGGUACCGCCAGAUUAUUCUGUCAAGGAUCCAUCAGAAUUGCCCGACACAAAGAGCAUCGACAUUGACCUCCGAUGGACUGUACUCUGUGACCUCUUCCUAGUACUGGUUGCUGAUAGCAUUUACGAUGGUCGCUCGAGGGCUCUUCUAGAAUUGGUCGGGAGUGCGCUCUCAGUGGACUGGCUUGAGAUUUGCCGAUUCGAGAAGCGAAUCACAGAUGCUCUGGAGAUGCAGCAAGAAGCUGACAAGGAGAACUGGAACGAGGACGAACACACCGACAAACGUCAAAAGAUGGCUCGGAAUAGGAGACUGGUCAUGAUGGGCCUUGCUACCGUGGGUGGAGGUCUUGUCAUUGGCUUGAGUGCCGGUCUCCUCGCUCCUGUUAUCGGUGCUGGUCUUGCUGCAGGUUUCACGACCAUCGGCGUUGCUGGAACAAGUACCUUCCUCGGAGGUGUCGGUGGCGCAGCUCUAAUCACAUCAAUUGGUGUCACGACCGGAGGUACCAUUGCAGUUCGUGCGAGUAAUAGGCGAACAGGCCCAGUCAAAACCUUCGAGUACCGACCACUCCACAAUAACAAACGUGUGAACCUCAUCGUCACUGUGGCCGGCUGGAUGACAGGCAAGGUCGAUGACGUUCGUCUACCUUUCAGUACGGUCAAUCCUAUCAUGGGUGACAUUUACAGUGUACACUGGGAGCCAGAAAUGCUGCAAAGUAUGGGUCAAACCAUCAAUAUACUUGCAACUGAGAUUCUUGGUAGCACGCUGCUUACUGCUCUCAUGUCUGCCAUGUCACUUCCACUUGUGCUUACGAAAUUGUCAUAUCUGAUCGACAACCCGUGGAGUGUAUCAAUGGCUCGUGCCGACAUGGCUGGUCUCAUUCUCGCUGAUUCUCUCAUCGAUCGCAAUCUUGGUGUGCGACCAGUCACCCUCGUUGGUUUCUCCCUAGGUUCUCGUGUUAUUUAUGCCUGCCUCAAAGAGCUCGCCAACCGCGGAGCAUACGGCAUUGUCCAGAACGUCUACGUUUUUGGCAGCCCGGUAGUGUUCAAAAAGGAUGAAUAUAUCAAAGCGAAGUCGGUUGUUGCAGGAAGAUUUGUCAACGGCUACGCUACCAAUGAUUGGAUCUUGGGCUACUUGUUCCGCGCCACUGCAGGAGGUAUCAUGAGAGUUGCUGGACUUGCUUCGGUCGACAUACCAGGUGUGGAAAACUACGACGUGACGGAGACCGUCGCAGGUCACAUGGCGUACCGUAAAGCCAUGCCGAAGCUUCUAAAAGAAGUAGGUUGGGUGGUGGAUAGCGAAGAAUUCUCUGAAAUCGAAGACCCGGAUCCGGACAACCACGAGAAAAGACAACGAGAACUCAUCAACGAGAUCGAAGAGGCCAGGAAAGCUCUCGAGAAGAAGCCCGAAAAGAAGGGCUUCAAGGCACUCUUCAGUCGAAACAAGAAGAAUGCGGAGAAGAAGGAGUGGGAGACAUACGACGAGAAGAUCAAAGCUGGACCAGCGGAUGAGUCUGCCGAUGGAUCCAAUCAAGGGACACUGUUCGACAUCGAUGCUCUCCAGCACGAGGUCGCUGCACUUGCAGCUCAAGGUGUUGAGAUCAAAGAAAUUAAGGGUACAUUGCCUCCCAUGAAAAUCGACACCACAGCCAAUCCCAUCAAUGGCGAUGGGUUGAAGAGUCCACCUCCAAGUCUUAGGCAGACCAAGAGCUUCAGUGGUUUCUCAGACGGAGCUCGAGAUUCAUCGAAUAGUAUCAACCAGACCAACGGAACAAACAGAAACCAACAGUACGACUACGACGAAUUCGAGUAUAACGCUCAGAACGAUUCUCAGAUAUCAAUGACUUUCGAAAGUCCCGAGCGGCCUCGACCAACAUUUGGCGACCGUCAAACCACGAUGCAUGGAUCGCCUACGACCUCACCAUCAUCGUCGCAGUUUCCAAUCAGACCUGCAUUGCAGUCGUCAAACACAAUGCCUGUUUCCAGUCGAUCAGUAUCCAACAACACGCCUAUGUCUCUCGAGAGAAACGCGUGGGUGGACGAUGAGGACGAGUUUGGAAAGGAAAAGGAGAUGUCGAUGACGUUUGAGUAG